CUUCGACUCGCGCACCCCGUCCAUCUGCAAGAUUAACAGAAGACGUACGAUGACAAACCCGGGGCGACAGCGAGUACAAAACGUUGUGCGGCCGUUGCCAUCAGCCUUAUUAGAAGAUUGCACGACAUAUCUCGAGGAGCAGUUAUAUAAUCAAGGAUUCGCAACGCUUUCAAGUGCGCUGCUCUCUGGCUUCAGCAAUUCUUCGCCCCUCUACGUGCCUCCACCACAGCACCUAGCCCUUGCGGCAACUCUAUCAGUGCAUCCAAGUUUCACGACCCGGACCCUCCAGGCCGAGAAACAUAAGGCUGCUCAGGCUGCAUCAGCAUAUCUGAGACACGUGCAGAAAAAUACGACAGUUGAGACUGCUGGCUUCGCGCGCGCCUUUGUCUUUGGAGGAAGCGCGAAUAGUGGACGCGACCAGAGGGCACGAUUGCGUCGUUCAGCGGCAGUACGACACUCUGACGAUACGGACGACAAAUCGAAAUUAGGAGAAGAAGAUCGACAAAUUCAUAAUUCCUACGCCCGGGAGCAAUCGCUUUUCAGAAAUGCCGAUGAUUUCUGGUCCGUGGUCGGCUGGUCGUUCAAUUGCAGUGUGAAGCACCCCAAUCGCUGGGUGAUCUGGAAGACAUGGCUCCAGGUGAUGCUAGACCUGUUGGAGGAUGACAUCCAGCACUGUAAGGAUACAACCGAGGGCACAUCGAGCUUUCAAAAAGCGCUCAUCUGUCAGUACAUGUUCGGCGCCGGCGGUAGGCUCAUCAAUAUCCGUCGUAUCAUGCGCGCCAUCUUCGCGGAUGGUUCAGCACAAACCAUCGCUGAAUUCCCAGAGAUCUGGCGCAAUGAAGCCCGUCCACCCAAGCGAGACUCGCAGGAUAAAUCUCAAAAGCGCAAGCAGCUCGACAUUGAGAACGACGAAUUUGCAGAUUACUUCGACGCCGAAAGUGAUACUGAAUCGGUCACGAACGACCCCAAUAGCUCCGCUGCUCUAGACAAAAUCCUAGGAGACAACGAACACGACGACGAUGAUGAACAGGCAGCAUCGGCCAGAGCCAUAGCAUGGCAAGAAGGCAGCGACCCCACAAUCGUCCUCCGACAACGAAUCCUAGCGGUAAUCUCCUCGCUCAGCUUCGGAGCACCCGAGCUCUCCAUCGAGCCAUAUAACCUCGCCUCCUUGAUCGCAGAAUUCGUCCGGCCACUACCCAUUGGGAAUUUCAUGCAGUUCACACUACCCCUAACCUCCAACUUCUCCAUCGACAUGCAAGUCACCAUUAGUGAGAUGCUGCUCAAGUCGCUGGUAGCGGGGGACACACCGGCGACGGAUCCCUCAUCGAGUAUGACGCAGGAUGCAUUUGAGAAAUGGUAUGCGCCCCGUGCGGCCAGCAGUUCGAGUGCGGUGGAUAAUGCCAAGGUCAGCGUGCUGGUUGAGAGUGUCCUGAGAAACCUGUGGCAGGCCGAGUGCUUGCCGAUUGAGAAGAGGGACACACUUGUACGUGCGGUGGAGGUUGGGAUCGCUGCAAGGGAGAAGAAGGCGGGCAGUGCGAAGAGCAAGACCGGGAAGAAGCACGAGAGCGAUGGCGCGGCGCGGGCAAUGCUCCAGAGUUCGGCGAAACGUUUACAAGCGUUCAUUGCCACUCUCGCGGUGUUGUAAUUCGUGUGUCCUACGAGAGCACCCUGCAGAACCAUGAGACCGAAGGCGAGAAUUUGUAGUGUAAGUCGAUGGGCAAAUCUCGUCAAGAUCAAUCACGACUUGACGACAGGCCCGUAAUAUCACAAUAUAAACACAAAUCGCAUAUACAGUGAGCAGUGAAAAGAUCCGGCAGUUGGUUUCUCUAC